ACCAUAUAAAUAAUAAAAUAAAAAUCAAUAUUGAACAGUAAAUUAAACAGUGUCGAAGAAAAAAAAAAGUAUAAAUAGUUAAUAGUAGUAAGAAACUCAAAACGAGAACUCUUCUCCAUUCUCUCCCUCUCCAUUUUUUGUUCUUACUUUCAUUGAAUCUCCUCCUUUUUUUUCCCUUUCCACUUUCCCCCAUUCGUUAGGGGGAAAGCGAAAACAAAAACGUUUUCGUUCAGAACGAAAAAGAAGAAGAAAUUAAAAAAAAAAGAAGCAAAAAAAGACGAAUAAUAAUCUGUAUUUAUAUCUAUAUCGAUAUCUGUAUUAUUGAUACUUAAAAUUUACGAUAAUUGUUUUGCAUUGUUAUGGCUAUAGAAGAUGAUACAUUAAUAUACCUUGAUUCGUCGAAUUCACCAGCAACAUCUUCAACAACAUCGCUUGAUCUAGACCAUACAUUUGAAUCAACACCAUCUUCUUCAUCACCAUCUCAUCCAUUAUCUCCUUGUUCAACGAAACUCAACGCUCGUGCAGCUGCAUUUAUUCCCCGAAGCUCGUCUUCACCUUCAUUGUGUUUAAACAUGUUGGCUAAAUCAUCAUCAUCGCCUUCGUUGGCAUCAAUGUCACCAUCGCCUUCCAAGACCGAUUCACCUCGGUCUGGGAGCAGGAUCAGGGCUGGAUCAGGGCACGCGAAUAGUGGACAGACGGUGUUGCAUGUUAUUGCAACACCGUCUGCUACUUUUCAUCAGAUCACUGGACAUGUUCCUGUACAGAAUUAUAUUUACGCGUCGCAGUUGCCUGUGCAGUAUCCGUAUGCUGGCAUUGCAAGGGGAUUUGUUGAUCAUGGUGGUGUCCCCGCGGUGGUGGUAAUUGGUGCAGAUUCUGAACGGUUAAGUGAUGAAGCUUGUCAAAAAAUUGUUAAUCAGGUGGAGUUUUAUUUUAGUGAUAUAAAUUUGGCAACAACUGAUCAUCUAAUAAGGAUUAUGUUCAAGGAUCCAGAAGGCUAUGUACCAAUGUCUGUGGUAGCAUCAUUCAAGAAGAUUAAAGCUCUUACAAGUAGUCAUUCCCUGAUUGCGAAAAUUCUGCAGACCUCACCAAAGCUUGUGGUUAGUGAAGAUGGAAGAAAAGUUAGACGCCAAUUUCCGCUGAAUGAUAAGGACUUGGAAGAGCUGCAAUUUCGCAUAGUGGUUGCUGAGAAUUUACCCGACGAUCAUUGCCACCAGAACCUCAUGAAGAUUUUCUCAGCUGUUGGAAGUGUAAGAAUGAUUCGGACAUGCCAACCUCAGCAGAAUGGUUCUGGAACACCUCGAACUGGAAAGUCAGAUAGCACAUUGUAUAGUAACAAGUUGCAUGCAUUUGUGGAAUAUGAAACUGCUGAACUGGCUGAGAAAGCGGUUGUGGAGCUAAAUGAUUCGGAUAACUGGCGAAAUGGUCUGAAACUCCGUAUACUGAACAGAUGCACGGGAAAAUCUGGUCAAACUCGAGGGAAGAAAGUUGGUUAUGAGAGUGACCACAUCUUAAAGGAUGACGAUACUCCACGAUCAGAUACCAGCGAGAAACAUACUGACGACUUGUGGCACCACAUUGACAGUCACUUGAAUGACCUUGCAGAGGAGCAUGGAAUCGAUGGGCAGAGGAAAGGGAUCAAUCGGAGUUGGGUUAAGGGACUAGGUCAGGGACGUGGACGUCCUCAGUUUCAUCAAAAUAAUCGUGGAGGUCAUCUAGGGACUUCCCCAUCUAUGAGGCGUGCAUACAGUGUGGGGAGUGCUCUAUCAAGCGUCAAUCGUUUUAGUCUAGCAGGGCAUUCCUCUAUACUCUCUGAUCAUUCAGCAUCAGUCAAGCAAACUCCUGUCCCUCGCAUGCCAGAUGGCACCAGGGGAUUCUCUAUGGGUCGAGGUAAACCAGUCGCGAUUAAAACAGCAUAACGAGUAUGUAUGUGGUUACUUGUCUGAUCAUUUCCAAAUGGAGAAGUGGGAAUGCACUCUUUUUUUGCAGUUAUCGAUGGCAAUGUCUUAGAGACACUGUCAAUCCAGUUGGAGCUGGUAUAGUUUGAAUCGGCGGAUUGAGUCUCAACUGGUUUUCCUGUUUAUGUUUGUUAAACCUGAGAUCUCGCAGGAAAACUGUGGUUUUUGGUUAAAUUUCUUCACUAGGUUUCCGUCGUGUUUAUGAAGCAAAACCUGAGGGGAUUAAAGUUUAAGUUAUACAUAUGUAGCAAAGGAUCUUCCCUUUCCCUCUUAGCUUCAUCUUAGUUUUUUUUUUGUGUAUACUAACAGAAAAUUGAAAAUAUUAUCUAUAGUUCUAUCCUAUGUAAAUGUAUGGAGGUGCUCAUAGUAAAUUUAUUUACAUCA